GGGUCACUUUCUACAGUCAAUCCACACAUUCUCUCAGAGGAGGAAUUGAUUUUAGAAGACUGACUCAAGUGGUUCUGGAUUGUACGUUUUUCUCUCCUCAUUCUGAAGCAUGUCUCAGAGAAGUAAAACUUCUUCAAAAGAAAGCUCCUCUGGUCCUCCAGCAUCCACAUCAGAUGCUCAUCCUCCACGCUCUGCUCUUCGUAGCUCCUCAAAAGACUCGAAAAACUCAGGUCACAGGGGCUCAUCUGGCAGCCAAGAAUGCCGCGGCAGUAGAUCUUUCAGCCAGAACUCAGCUAUCGCUGCAGCAUAUACACAGUACCUCAACACUCUCUUUGGACAGGACAGAGAUUUACUGCCAGAGGAACUAGAUGAGCUGCAUGUAGCAUUUAAAGAGUUUGACUAUGACCAGGAUGGGUAUUUGCACUACAAAGAUGUCGCAGACUGCAUGAGAACCAUGGGAUACAUGCCAACAGAGAUGGAACUGAUUGAGAUCAUUCAGCAGAUAAAAAUGAAAUGGGGAGGUCAUGUGGACUUUGAUGAUUUCUGUGAAUUAAUGGGGCCCAGGAUGCUGGCUGAAACCGCUCAUAUGGUGGGUCUAAGGGAGCUGCACUGCGCUUUCAAACAGGUGAGUAUGCUCUCUAAAGUUCCCUUCAAACGGAGCUCACUUUAAAAUGUACAUUAAAUA